GGCGCAGCCGCCCUACGGCGUCCUCUGCUGCGGGCGAACUAGGCCGUGGGUCGCCGGCAGAGGCCAGGUUCGCUCGUCCGAGAGCCGAGCUCUCUGCUCGCCGCCGCCAUGCCGGACAGCUGGGAUAAGGAUGUGUACCCCGAGCCCCCGCGCCGCACGCCGGCGCCCUCGCCGCAGACCUCGCUGCCCAACCCCAUAACCUAUUUGACGAAGGCCUUCGACCUCCUCGUGGACCGGCCUGUGACCCUAGUGAGAGAGUUCAUAGAGCGGCAGCACGCGAAGAACAGGUAUUACUACUACCACCGGGAGUUCCGCCGUGUGCCAGACAUCACCGAGUGCCAGGAGAAGGAUGUCUUGUGCAUGUUUGAAGCAGAAAUGCAAUGGAGGAGAGACUAUAAAGUUGAUCAAGAAAUCGUCAACAUCAUCCAGGAAAGGCUGAAGGCCUGUCAGCAGAGGGAAGGCGAGAGCUACAGAGAGAACUGCGCCAAGGAGCUGGAGCAGUUCACCCAGGUGGCCAAGGCCUACCAGGACCGCUAUCACGACCUGGGUGCCCAUUAUUCCGCCAGGAAGUGCCUGGCCAAGCAGAAGCAGCGGAUGCUGGCAGAGAGGAAAGCUGCUAAGGAGGCCGAGGCUGCCGCUGCGUGAGCAGCCCUUCCAGCCCCAUCACAGGACUGUUAUUAAAAUAAAGGGUUAACACGAAA